AUGGCUGCUCCUAUUCUUUUCUUGUUACUUUCAAUCUCUGCUCUUCCUCAUUUUCUCAGUAACCCCUCUGAUCAUCCCCAACGACAACCACAACUGUUGUUGCAAUUCAAAGCGGCCGUUUCCAGCAGCGGAACUUCUCUGCCCGACUGGACUCCCCUUAACCCAGUCUGCAACUGGACUGGCGUUACUUGUCAUUCCAAUUCUCACUCUGUCCGUGACCUCAAUUUAACCCACAUGAGUUUAGACGGCACCAUUUCUCCUGUGCUUGGGAAUCUCUCCUCUCUUCGAUCCCUAGACCUCUCCGGCAAUCACCUCACUGGUACCAUUCCACCUCAACUCGGCCAACUCUCAAACCUAUGGAUACUCAGGCUGAGCCACAAUCAACUACAAGGAACCAUUCCGCCCGACCUCUCUGCUUGCCGCAGUUUGUAUUAUCUGGUACUCUCCUAUAACCAGCUGCAUGGCAGCAUUCCUCCCGAGCUCAGCCUUCUCACAAGUUUGAAGUACCUCUACUUGGGCAUAAACAGUCUCAGGGGUACCAUUCCAUCCUCUUUCAAAAAUCUGUCCGCCUUAGUUGUUUUGAGUUUGGCCGAAAAUGAGCUCUACGGCUCCAUUCCUUCUGAAUUGGGCAUGCUCACUCACCUUCAGACUCUUUCCCUUAAUACAAAUAACUUGUCAGGAAAAAUUCUCAGCUCUUUAACAAAUCUCUCAAAAUUGAAUGACUUAGAUUUAUCUCAAAACCAGAUAAGCGGACAUAUUCCUUGGGAAAUCGGUACCAAGCUCUCCAUUUUGUACCACCUGAGGUUAUGGGGAAAUCGGCUUACUGGAAACAUACCAAACUCCUUGGGAAAUUGUUCCCGUCUCAAACUACUUACUUUAAAUCGAAACCAACUAGGUGGAACGGUUCCAAUGGAGCUGGGUAAGUUGAACCUUCUAACCCGGCUAUUCCUGCAAACCAAUCAACUUGUUACUGACAGCAGUAACACAUUGGCCUUUCUCAAUGCUCUCACAAAUUGCUCCCACUUGCAAGAAAUAAAUAUGGCACUUAAUCAUUUCACUGGUGUAUUGCCCCCAUCCAUAGGCCAACUGUCUUCCAAUCUCGUUGGCUUGACUUUACUAGACAACAUGAUCAGCGGAAGCAUACCACAACAGAUUACCAAUCUGACAAAUUUAACUUACUUAAAUUUAGGCAAUAAUCUUUUCAGCGGCAAUAUUCCAUCUGGAAUUAAAAGAUUCCGUGAGUUGCAACAAUUGUCUUUGAGGGGGAACAAAUUAGAAGGAAGCAUUCCAAGUGAGAUAGGCCAAAUGCAACAUCUCGGAGCCUUAUCUCUUAGUUACAACUACUUAUCUGGAAAUAUACCAGAUUCUCUUUGUAGCUCCCAGCAGCUAAAACGUCUAUACCUUAGCCACAACAAUUUAUCAGAGAGUAUCCCUGUUAGUUUGGAGAGAUGUCAGAAGUUGGAACUCCUUGACUUAUCUUACAACAAACUAGGGGGAAGGAUACCUCGUGAAGUCAUUACCAGCCUUAAAAACUUGGCAUUCUAUCUCAAUCUUUCAUGGAAUUAUCUGGAAGGGUCCUUGCCACAGGAGAUGAGUAAAAUUGUGAUGGCUCAAGCCAUAGAUAUAUCUGGAAAUCGACUUACUGGGGUCAUUCCAUAUUCUCUAGGAGACUGCACAGCAUUAGAGAGCCUAAAUCUGUCCCACAACGCCUUUGAAGGCCCAAUACCAAGUUCCCUCUCCAAAUUAAAAAAUCUCCAAGAAAUUGAUCUUUCUUUCAAUAAUUUGUCAGGAAAGAUUCCAGAACUAGGGUUGUUUCCAAAUAGAACUCUUAUAUCAUUGUUUAUGAGGAACCCUGGCCUAUGUGGCCCAAAAAACUAUUCAUUGCCUCCAUGCCUAAAUCAGAGCCAGAAAAAACAUUCGCUGCUCAAAAAAAUAGUCUUACCUGUUGUUGGAACCCUUGCAUUUGUAUUAUGCAUCUUCAUUAUAGGAAUUCUGUGGAGACGUAACCUUUCAAGACAACCAGUUCGUCCCUCAAGCUUUAUUUUUCCAAGGCUCAGCUAUCAAAAGUUUUCUUAUCAAGAUCUUUUCAUUGCAACAGCUGGAUUUGAUGAGUCAAACUUGCUUGGAGUGGGUAACUUUGGAUCAGUCUACAAAGGCAUCUUGAGGGAUGGUGAGGUAAUUGCCAUCAAGAAUCUUAAUUUGCAAAAUGAAGAAGCUCUUAAGAUUUUUAAAAGAGAGUGUGAAUUCUUAGGGAGGAUCCGGCACCGUAACCUCAUCAGAAUCAUAAGUGCGUUUUCCUACCCCGACUCCAAAGGUUUGGUUCUUGAAUUUGCAUGUAAUGGAAGCUUGGAAAAACAUUUGCACCCUGACAGAGAUGAUGAAGGCUUUUGUAAAUUGGCAUUGAGUGAGUGUUUGAGCAUUGCUGUAGAUAUAGCCCAUGGCAUGGAAUAUUUACAUCAUGAUUGCCCUCUACAAAUUGUGCACUGUGAUUUAAAACCUAGCAAUGUACUCUUGGAUGCCAACAUGACAGCCCUUGUCACUGACUUUGGUAUAUCCCGUUUAACUACUACAAAUUCCAUAGAUUCACUCAGUAUUACAACAUUUGCACUCAAAGGAUCCAUUGGCUAUAUUGCUCCAGAGUAUGGAUUGUAUGGGAGUGUUUCUAUAAGGGGAGAUGUUUAUAGUUUCGGAGUUCUGAUAUUAGAGAUGGUUACAAGGAAGAGGCCAAGUGACUACAUGUUUGUUGGAGACAUGAGCUUGCACAAGUGGGUGAGAUCAGCUUUUCCAAACAGACUGGCAGAAAUUGUUAAUAACCAGCUACUGAAAGAUGUGAGUGAAAACAUGGAGAAGAAUAAAUGCCUUAUUUCUUUCGUUCGUUUUGGUUUGCUUUGUAGUAGUGAAUCACCAAGAGAGCGACCUUCCAUGAGAGAUGUAGCGAAUGCCUUGGAGAGCCUGAAGACAUCUUUAAUGGGAGGUGCAGCUGCUUCCAAUUUAACAGCUACCAUAUCAGAACUCCUGGAAAAUACAAAUCGCACAGAAGCACUGGAAUCUGACAGUCAAAGUUCUACAUUUUAA